UCAAAAUUUUUAAGUACACUCCCAUUUUGGGUGAUUUAUUCAGCGCAUUUUUGUGAUAAAUCGCUGAUAACGCUCGAAAUAGUCACAUCGUUCAAAAUUCACACUUCUGAUCAGUCACCCAUUAAAAAUGAGUGCUAGCAGUGAUCCUCCCCAAAAAUGUGUCACAGAAGUCCCCAAUUACGGCCUAAAAGUGCGCCUAAACCACACUUAUCCAGAAAACCGGUCACAAGAUUUUAAACCCGGUCUUAGGCUAAUCUGGGACAUGCUACCUCUAAUUUUGAGGUACAUUUGGUACUAUAUUGUUCAUAGAAUUAUGGGAAAGUCGAUCGUUAUGGACUACGUGCACACUUUGAGAGCGAAACAAAUUUACGGUGUCCCCAUCGGUGGGAUCGGUUGCGGAACGAUUGGAAGGGGGUACAGGGGCGAAUUCUGCCGGUUUCAACUCAAACCAGGGCUUUAUGAGUACAAUACAGUCGAUGCCAAUCAAUUUAUUGUUACAAUCAAAGAUGGGCACAAUGAGACCAUUUUUCAUAGUCUUUUAUCAACGUUUCCGACAAAGAGUUUAAAAAGCUGGGAAAGCCUAAUUGACGGUUCAGAGUGUUUCUAUACUGGACUUUACCCAAGAUCGUGGACUGAGUACGACUUAUCAAAAUACGGCGUCAUGUUAACUUGUCGGCAAAUUACCCCAAUCAUUCCGCAUAAUUACAAGGAUAGUUCCCUGCCUUGUGCAAUGUUCGUCUGGGACGUCAAAAACAUCUCAGAGGAGGACCGAACCGUCACAAUCGCCUUCACUUUCAAAAACGGCGUUGGUGAUAAAUCCCGCGACAGAUCUUCAACAUGUAGUUCAAAAGCCUUCACUCUCGCCGACUCCGAAGGCGUCAUUCUUUACCACACAAUUGAUAAAAUGCAAUGUUCCUACUCUCUUGCCGCCAAAACCAACCCGCAAAUCGACAUUUCAAAAUGUCUCUAUUUCGACCCGAAUUCAGACGGGAUCAAGCCCUGGAUCCAACUCAAAAACAACGGCAGUUUCGAUAAAAUCAGCGAUAAAAACUACGGCCAAAUUUUCGGCGAAAUGGCCUGUGGUAUCGCCACGAAGGCAACCAUCCGGGCCGGAAAUACGGUAACGUCAGAAAUGGCCCUGGUGUGGGACAUGCCCUCGGUCCAAUUCCCCAAAAAACAGAAGAAAUACACCAGAUACUACACCAAACAUUUCGACGGCGAUAACACCGGGCUGAGGAUCGUGCGAUACGCGUUUGAGAAUUACCAAAACUGGGAACGGGCCAUUUACGACUGGCAGAGACGGAUCCUCGACGAUGAAAAUUUGCCCGAUUGGUACAAGUCAGCCCUUUUUAAUGAGAGUUACUACAUAAGUGACGGUGGGGCAAUUUGGGUCAUUUUAGACGAACAAGAAGCCAAAAAAUUGCCGAAAAACGACCCUAGACUCGAGCACGGUAAAUUUGCAUUGUUGGAGGGCCACGAGUACAAAAUGUACAACACUUACGACGUUCAUUUUUAUGCUUCAUUUUCGUUUGUUUUAAAUUUUCCUUUGCUCCAAUCAAUCUUACAGUACGAUAUGAGAGACGCCAUUUUCACCGAAAUUCCGGAUAAAGUUAAAAUGUUGUAUGACGGGGAAGUGUGCGAGAGGAAAGUACCAAAUACAGUACCGCACGAUAUUGGAGAUCCAGGGGAAGAACCGUUUAUCUUACUCAAUUCGUACCCCAUCCAUGACGUAAGCCAGUGGCGCGAUUUGAAUUCAAAGUUCGUUUUACAAGUGUUCAGAGACGCUUUUAUAACAGGUCUUGACGACCGAUCUAUCGCGUAUUUGAACGAUAUGUACAACGCGUGUUACACAGUAAUGCACAAAAGUCUGGAUUUUGACGUGGAUGGAGACGGCCUUAUCGAAAAUUCGGGAAGUCCCGACCAAACCUUCGAUACUUGGGUCAUGACAGGUGCUAGUGCGUAUUGUGGGGGGCUGUGGUUGGCCGCUCUGUUCGCUAUGACUAAAAUCGCGGACGCUUUGCAAAAAACCGAAGACAAGGAAAAGUUUCAGGAAUUGUUGGAUAAGGGCACAGCGGCGUUCGAACGGAAAUUGUGGAACGGAAAGUGCUACAAUUUCGACUGUUCGGACAAAGAGUGUCGCUCGAUUAUGGCCGAUCAGUUAUGCGGCCAGUGGUAUCUCAGGAGUUGCGGAUUUAAUUAUGAGGUGUUUCCGCAAGAUCGGGUCAAGACUAGCUUGAAAACGAUUUACGAAAAUAACGUUCAGUCGUUUUGUGACGGCCGAAUGGGGGCUGUUAAUGGAUUUAUUGACGGGGUUAUUGAUGAGUUCACUAUUCAGAGUCAGGAGGUGUGGACUGGGGUUACCUACGCCCUAGCUGCCAGCAUGCUUCAAGAAGGAAUGAGGACUGAGGCUUUUAAUACUGCUGGCGGAAUGUUCAAGUCAAUGAGUGAGCGAUUUGGGCUUUCCUUCGAUACUCCGGAAGCCUUAUAUGCGGCAAAGUAUUACAGAGCGAUCGGUUACAUGCGACCCCUAAGUAUAUGGUCAAUGCAGUUGGCUAUUGACCAACUUAAUAAAAAUGUAAAUUAAUUCAAACCACAUUUAUUAGUUAAUUUUGUAUUUGUAAUUCUUAAAUGCGUUAAUAAAGUGUCACCAAAGAAUUA